AUGGUUAUUUGUUAACCCGUGUUCCUUAACCCCUCUUUAACCCAUCCCUCACCCCCUACUUGAGGCGCACCACUCCUGCCCCUGCGCACGAACACACAGUACAGACACCAGGAACGGUUGAACAAGCGUGGGUGGGAGCUGGGAAGCAGGGGCGGCCAGUGGGGGCACCGGGAGGUGGAGCCGUUGUGCCAACCGAGAGUUGGUGGCGCGGCGCCGGCCGCCGGGCAGGGACUGGUGGUGCUGCCUUCUCGGAGUGUGGCAGCGGCGGCGGCGGAGCAGUGCCAGAUCUGCGACUCCGACGGCGCAAUCCACCAUUCCCUGGCCAGUGGGGGCACCGGGAGGUGGAGCCGUUGUUCCAGCAACCGAGAGUUGGUGGCGCGGCGCCGGCCGCCGGGCAGGGAUUGGUGGUGCUGCCUUCUCGGAGUGCGGCGGCGGCGGAGCAGUGCCAGAUCUGCGACCCCGACGGCGCAAUCCACCAUUCCCUGGCCUCCGCAUUGCAUCAGGAUCUAACAAUCAACAAGCAAGCUUGUCCAGUCUCAUAAGUAACAGCUACCUGGUGUAGAAGGGUUGCUGCUAUCUGCCUGUCUUCACCUUAUGAAGGAAACAAGAGAGGAGCAAGAAAGGCCGGAUUCUGGCAGCUUCCUCUAGUACAUUGGCUGCAAUUUCUCUUUCAGUUUCUACCAUGCCUCGCAACUUGGAAUGCCCAGUGCAGACCCAGAUGGCAGUCUCAGCCUUGGACCGAACUCUUAGCAGUGAGUAUCCUACUAAAAGCAAAAGCGAGACCAAGGUUGGUGGAUGGAAACGUGUUUUUGUCCAAACCGAUGUUGGUUGUGUCCUGGCUAUUCAAUUGAAUUGUGGUGACAAUGCACAUACGGUCAAAAGAAAGCUGCAGGUGGCCCUAAAUUUUCCCACUGAUGAGAGUGUUCUGAAAAAUGAUCUCAGCACCAUUAGAAAUGAUUUCCCUUUGCUUCUCACCAAGACUUUCAUGCAUCGAAGUUCCUCCACACCAUGCUUGUCUCCUAGUGGCAAGGAUCUCCAACAGCAAAAAGAUAGGGGCUGUCCAAUUGAACUGUUAGUAUGCCCGAGCCGCUGUUCUCGAACAAGGCAGCUCGUGAAGGAUGUUGCUAGGGCAAUCAAGAAAGGUGUGGAUCCAGUACCUAUCAAAAGUGGGCUUGGUGGUGCUUACUAUUUCAGGAACAGCAAAGGUGAGAAUGCAGCAAUUGUGAAGCCAAAUGAUGAAGAGCCUUUUGCUCCCAACAACCCAAAAGGUUUUAUAGGGAAAUCCCUUGGGCAGCCAGGCCUCAAAAGAUCAGUUCGAAUUGGCGAGACCUGUUUUAGAGAGGUUGCGGCGUACCUUCUGGACUAUGAUAACUCUGCUAAUGUUCCUCCGACGUUACUUGUUAAGAUUUCUCAUCCUGUGUUUCAUAUGAAUGAAGACAUCAAUUUUGCUAACAAAAAUAUUGCUGAUGGUAGCAUUCAAGCUGUUAGCAAGACUGCAUCAUUUCAGCAGUUUAUUCCUCACGAUUUUGAUGCCAGUGAUCAUGGCACCUCAAGCUUUCCUGUUUCUGCUGUCCAUAGGAUCGGUAUUCUUGACAUCAGGAUCUUCAACACUGAUAGACAUGCUGGCAAUCUUCUGGUAAGGAAGCAAACCGGAGCAGGAAAAUUUGGGAAUCAUACUGAACUUAUUCCUAUUGAUCAUGGUCUCUGCCUUCCAGAGUGUUUAGAGGAUCCUUAUUUUGAAUGGAUCCACUGGCCUCAGGCAUCAGUCCCAUUCUCUGAGGAUGAGCUCGAGUACAUAGCAAAUCUUGAUCCAGUAAAAGAUGCUGACAUGCUGCGGAUGGAGUUGCCUAUGAUCCGUGAAGCAUGCCUGAGAGUACUAAUACUCUCAACCAUAUUUCUGAAAGAAGCCACAGCAUUUGGUAUGUGCCUUGCAGAGAUUGGGGAGAUGAUGAGCAGGGAAUUUACUGGGAUGGAAGAUCAGCCAAGUGAGCUAGAGUUUGUCUGCAUGGAGGCAAGGAGGCUGGCAGCAGAGCAAGAAGACAGUUCCACAGAACUUGACUCUGGUGAGGAGGAUUUAACUCAGUUUGAACUUGACAAUGAAUAUCAUGAAAUGCUAAAAGAACCAUCGACCCGCCAGUUUGAGUUUAAGACAAGAAACUCCAGAAACCAACUGUCCAAAUUAGAUGAAGCCAAUGAAGAAGAGGAAGAAGAGGAAGAUGAUACUGAGGAGGUAGAAAGUGAUGCUGGAAAAUUAGCAUGUCCUAGGCCUGUUAAUAAGUGGCUUGCUAACAUUUCAAAGCUGUCGACCUCACUGAAGGGUGUCAAUCUAACAAACAAAACCCAGCGUCAACUGUAUGCUGGUCCUAAGUUUGUGGAUCCUGUGAAGAGCAACAGCAAUGACAGCGGCUCUCAGCAUUGUAACUGGGGAAGUGCAAACGACAUGCUCCCUUCAAGUGUGAGCUUCGUCAAGCUGGCUGACAUGAAACCUGAGACGUGGUGCCUGUUCCUCGAGAAGUUCCAUGAGCUCCUUCCUGAGACAUUCCGCUCACGCAAGUGCAUUGUCAAAGAGCAAAGGGCGAAGCAGAGGCUUGGCACUUCUUGCCAGUUUUGAGUUGGCACAGGAGUAGAGAGGUGAGCACCUGCUCGGCCGUUGCUGUGGCUUUCAUGCAGGUGUUGAGCUCUGCAGUUAUCGAAUAAAGCCAUUUUUCACAGGAUUGUGAUUUGCAACAGGAUUUGAGUGAGUGGGGGCCUGAACCUGAUGUCCAUGCUGAUAUGAUGGCCUCGCUUUGUAAAUACAUUUUCCCCCUUUUUCUUAGCUAGGCUCUGCUAGACAUGAGUUGCUUGAAAGAAGUUGGGAUUCAAUGUCUGCCUGUUUCUGGCCGCCCGACUCUUCCACUCAUGAUAUGCACUCAAAAGUUUCAUUCGAAUGAACAUUCAGCAGAAAGUUUCUCGUGUCGUAACUAACAUUGUGGCAGAUAAACGCUAAAGAUAUUACAAUCGUUUUGUUGUGUUGCGAUUGACAUGUUCAGCAAGUCUUGUAAUUUAGUCGUUUCUGCAGACCUGCAGUGACUGAAUUCGUUUUGUUAUUCACAUGGCAAUGGUAAAAAUCCAGUGUCUUUACUCA